GCCGCAGACUCUUUUAUUCAAAAAAACCAAUACAAGUCGCAAUUCUUUUCUAUUUAAUUUUACAAAUAGAUUUAUUGAAGGGUACGAUACGUGAGGCAAACAAAAAAUAAUGAUAUGCGCUAAUUCCAAGAGAAAGCCAAUAUCGGUUAACUUAGACUGCAUAGAUAAGUUCGACCUAAUACUAUGUGAGCCUAGGGAAGGAACGUACAGUGAGGCGUCUAUCCUGAAAGACUCAUUAUUCAAAAAGUCAUUUAGUGAACGCUGAAGAAAAUUCAGGUAAUUUUCUUAGUCUCUAUAUAUCUCUGACGCGCAUUUUCUGCUCAAUUCCAACCAAAAGCUGUCCACACAGGUCGCCAACAGAGAAAGAUGGAAAUCGAUAAUCGAAGUUUCGCUGUGUUUAAUGAUUUGAUAUAACUCGUCCAAAAAAGGCCGCUUUUGCGGAUAACCCACAGGUGUCCGGCCUCUGAUCAAUAAUGUUUCCAUCAUAAAUCUGAAAGGUAGAGUUUUUAUGAACCCUCUAUUGUGACGGCUUUCACCGAAAUGUUACCACAUUGUUAUGCUUUCCUACUAAUAAUCGCCAAAUAAAAUGAUACAUAAACCAGCUAACCGUACAGGAAAUAGUAACACUUUUUCUUCAGGCCAAUCAUGGGCAUAUUCGCAUGCUUGCUAGCUCGAGUCGUUAGGGCCAAUUGUCGCCUCAACCAGCAAUAAUAUUUAUUAUUCGCAGUAUGAUUUCUACUGCUAGUCAUCCCUUAGAACCGUCAAAGCCAAUAAGAUAGGCCAAUGCCUUAGGAGUUGGAAAAUACUCUAGGCAGGCUGGCCGUACGAAUGGGUGCGUGAGUGAGGUGGAAGAAAAAUGAUAAAGCGGGGCCCCACGGAGUCUUGGAUUUUGUGGCCAUCAUCGCCAUAUCGACAAGCAAGGAUAUCAUCAAACCUACAAGUACGGACUCAAGGUAUGUAUCACUUUAGCGUGACGCUGGUCGUCGCCUUGAGUGCUAUGAGUGUUUCGCCACAAAGUUCAUCAGGAAGUUCUGAGAAUCUUUGUAACGGACUGGACAUUGCAACUGCGGAAAAAGCCUCCAAGGUAAUCGUGUCAGCGACUGUUGACCGCGUUCAGGAUGAGAAUUCCGUUCAGGUGGCUAUCCGCCGGGUUAUGAAAGGCAGUUCGGACCUUGCAGGCUCCAUCAUGAUUGUCAAGGGUCUCCAUGCCGAAUGUGAGCUCUUGCGUAUUGGUGAUAUCCGCUACUUCUUUUUAAACUCAGUGCGGCCCGGCGUCAUGGUAUCGGUGAGACCUCCACUUACAGUGACUCUCGACCAUAUCGAUCGGUUAAAUGCAGCUAUUGCUGCACAACUGCCACCGCGUCGACCUACCGUUAGCGACCUGCCGUGCGAAACCAAAUAUUGCCCAAACAAUCAGGAGUGUCACGAACACCAAGGCCAGGCCUCUUGCAGAUGUCCUGACUCGUGCCCGUAUGAUCCGAACGCACGUCCGGUGUGUGGUUCCAACAACUCGACGUUUACUUCUCAUUGUCGGUUACGAGUGGAUUCGUGCAGACGUUCAGAGCGCGUCUGGGUUCGCUGGGCAGGAUCAUGCGAUACGCCUAAGGAUCGCCACAUUCAUCCGUUCGAGAUGCCCCUGACAUCGUAUUAGAGAAGCUCCAAACUUAGCGCCAACAACUAUAGAUUUUCGCUGCCUGAGACGUCCAGUGAAAAAGGACAUUCGUCUUGUUAAUAAAAAGGCAAAAUAGAUUUAAAUAGAUGCCGUUUAUAUUUCAGUGGCAUUUUCUUUUAUAGCUACGUCUCACAGAAAAUGAUUGAGUUACUAAGGGUUUACGGUUACGCAGUUUUCAUUGAAUAGCUCAAUUGUUUAUUGCAUCUAUAAACAAGAGAUAAAUGCUCUCAAUAAGUUGAGCAUCCUUGCGGCUUUUUAUCAACUGUUCUCAUUGAAAAUUUUUGGACGAUGGUACAUUAAUACAUAGACUUGUAACUGU